AUGUUUGACUCGACCAAUGAAAACCCAGAGCUGAUUUGGAAUGAUCAGACGCGCGUGAAAGUGCGACAGAUUAUUGAGCGAGGAGUGGACGACUUGUACCGAGCUCAGUCUAAAAACCCUGAGCACAAAUGGGACACUGGAUCGCUAACCGAUGACACUUGUGCAUAUGCCGAUUCGGUGACGGGCGAGUUGGUCGUUGGGGGUGUUUUCGUGCGACUAUACGUCGCAAAUCCAGCUUGGGCUGUACGUCAUCCACGACAGUUUGCUACCGAACUCAUUGAGAAAGUUCUGGAGCUGAUGAAUAGGCCAAGCCCAGAUCUAACACUGGUGACGACCGCUUUUAUUGAAUUGUUACGGAAUUUCCCGAAUACAGCUGAUCAGUUGCCGGCGCAAGGAUAUCUACCUCAAUUCAGUAAGGCGAUGUCGGCUCGAGAUCCUCAAACGUCUCGUUCAGCCAUUUUGAUUCUUCAACAACUUGCUGAGAAUCAUUAUUGUGCUGAGGCUCUUUCCCGGAUCAAUUGUAUAGAAGGGAUCAUGACGUCCAUGAAGAAUCAACCAACACUGAUGCAUGAAUCUGCGCAUGCGCUGAAGUGCCUCAUGCGAAAGAAUACUGGCGAUCUGGCGGCUCAGAUGCUUUCGACGAAGAUGGUCGACUAUCUCCUUGAAGUGCUUAAAAGGUGA